CCUCUGACCUUUACCCCACCCACACACACAGCUGCAGCAGGCGUCUCGAAUUGUGUAUACACACCUGCAUUCCCACGCAUGCAAGUUGCUGCCGCUUCCUUCAUAUUUGACCCUGUUCAGUGUCAAGGAGGGGAAAAAUCAAUUGACCAUGCCUGCGCAGUUCCUCACAAACUGCACGCAUCCAGCAACUCUAAAACUUAAGCACUGCACACGUUCGUCCGGCUUUCACCGCUUAGGUUUUCCUCCCCCUGUGACGUCAAUCGGAGUACCAACGGAAGCCGUGCGUCAUCUGAUCCCCAUUGCAUUACUUUUGCUAAUACGGAAGUGUCGGUCCGAAUCCGUGCGGUUACACAAGCCUAAAGAAGUGCCAAUUGGUCCAGCUCGCAGCUGAAAAAAGCCCCUACUCCAGCCCAUUGUGGGGAGGCGUUGCCUGCACAUGACUUGGCAUCAGCAAUUGGCAUUAUUCAUGUAUUUCAGUGCUCGUUCCGCCUCUUAUGAUUGGGGUCCCCUGCGACACGCUUUCAUAGCCAGCCGCCUUGCCGCCCUCUCGUUUUGCAGCAACCAACUUGUCACGCGUCGCAAAAUUGAUUACAGUUUGAGCAGCAGCAGAAUCAGCAACCAAAGCUCUCAAACCUUUUCGAUGGUUUUCCGUUUCACUUAUCAGCUUCAAGUGCAAUUCAAUACCACUUCGACGGCGAGUUUCCCCUUUUCUUUGUUUGCCCCUUCAAUGGUCGAGUGUCGGCUGUUCAAACAAUCGUAUUUAUUUAUAUAGCGCAACGGUGCACAAUGCAUUUUCCGAUUGGAUUUAAUGAUAUAACGAUCCGAUCUCUGAUGGGGUUUACCGCUUCUUCGAACUACUAAAAACAAACAAUGCUCUUCCACAAUAAGCAGUGUCGCAUUAAAGGUCAAUUUGCAGUGAAAACAGAGCCUUGAACCUGAGAUGUUUAAGCACGGGCCAUAUGUGCAAACAGCACAAGCACCAGCACCAGCACCAGCAGAUACCCGAAUCCAUGAGUUGUUUCAUUUAUUUUUAUAAACUCCACGUACUCGCCAGAUGAUAUGCAAACAUUUGCUCUCCGCUCUGAUAUGCACAUAUGUACAAUAUCUUUUUGUUCGGUCAACAGCUUCAACAGCCAUAAAUUUGAGAAUUGUUAAUUCAAAUGUCACUUACCAGCACAGCACAUAAAUCGCAAAUCAAAUCUCUGCUGAAACUUCCUUAUCUGUUGUGGUUUUUUUUGCCUGCCAGCUCAUCGUCAUGAUAAGCCGUAGAAUACCCAAACACCCCUCAAGGUAUUCCAAAGUUUGUGCUUAGAUGAAAGAAUAAUUAAUCUGUAUUUAUACAGAUGACACGUAUUUGCCUCUCCUGUCAUUUAAAAAUAUCAAAACUAGCACUUGACUAUACAUUUUGACACACAGAAAUUGCAAUAAUUGCUCAUUUCCAAUGAGAUCGCUUCAAGAUCAAGGAGACACUGAAGACUCAUAUUCGGACAGCGCCUUCCCGAGCUACUAUCAAGAGGAGAGCCUGGAGGAAGGGGAGCAGGAGCAGACGGAAGGGAGUAACUGCUCUGGGGAUAGCGUUGAGAGCGAGGCGAAUGGCUCUGUCUUGCUGUACAAUAACACAGCUUUGAGCCAUGUUGCGCCCCUCCCCAGCAAAGCUGCCGCCUAUAAAGAGCGCUCACUCUUCUCCUUGGGCUAUAUCGCGCCCGAUAAGUGGCCGACACUGGAGAAAACCCCUUGCCAAAUGAAGAACAAGCCCAAUCUGUAUGAGCUACUGGUGAAGAUGGCCAAAGAUCGUUUGAGGACCGAUACGGUUAUUAAAAUCGGCGACUGUCAAUUCCCUGUGCAUUUCAUGGUUCUGCGGAGCUACUCACAGUCAUUUCGUGAUGCCGGCUACGAAUUGCAAUUGGAGCUGCCGGAGAAUCAGGUGACCCCAAGGUGUUUCAGUCUUAUCUACGAUUGGAUGCUCACCGACAAGCCGCUCCUGCCCCGCCUGGGCCUGCUGGAGGUCCUGCGAGCGGCAAAGUUCUUGAAGAUGACCCAGCUGGAGCGCCAGUGUGAGAAUUGCCUGCUGGACGGUUGCAGAGAGGACGCUGCCGCAUUGUUGUACGUAGAGGCGAGACGCCUUGACAUGGAGCGAUCUCAGCGGCGUUUCCUUCAGCGAAUUUCCAAGUUCUUUCUGACACUUGUGGCCUCCGAGGAGUUCCUCGAUCUACCGCUGAAGGCGCUACUUCUUCUGCUUAAUUCCUCUAUGCUGGGCGUCAACUCCGAGCUGGAGGUGUUCAUGUCUGCAGUGCGUUGGUUGAAUUUUCAUUGGCCACAGCGGCAGGACAAAGUAACAGAAGUCACGUCUUGUGUGCGUUUUCCUUUGAUCGCGCCCUGGCAUCUGGUACGACUACAGAAUUCUGAGUUUUCUGCCUUGGAAGUGUUGAGGGUUUCCUCUGUUUCGGAUGUGCGCCAGCAGAUCCACAAUGGCAUUGCCUACACCACCACGCGAAUUUACUAUGGCGUCGAUCAAGAGGGCUUCAAGCGUCACCUCCUCAAAACGGCUAUGAGCACACCUGAGCAAAGGACUUGGAUCUUCGACCCCGCGUGCGGACACCACCAUCGCAUUAACUGCAAGGUGGCACUGGACUUUUCAUACCAAGCGUUCAUUGAAUAUCUCAACCACCUGCAGGCCCAGCCCACGCAUUACUGGCAAUCGCUGGAGUCUGCAAUGGCCCCGAACGGCGUCGAGUGCCUCAACAGGCAUCACUUAAUCCAAAGUUUGGACUCCUUAGAGCCAACCAAUCAGUGCUAAACUCUUUUAAGUUGUAUUCAUUUGUUUGAAGAAUGUUUAAUAUAUUUCUUGACAGUGAUUGUCAGUCGAUUAUUUA